AGCUGCUGCCCUGCACUCAGUCAGAACCUCCCAGGACGCCGCUGCCUCCACGCGAUAUUUCCGGGUCGCUGCCCGCGGCUGACUGGGACGAAGCACCUCGCCGGGGCGUCCCAGGUGCAGACCUCCACGCACCUGGCCACCCGCUAGAGUCUCGCCUCCCAGCCUGGUCCUCCCGCACGGCCCUGGUCUGGUAAAGUCACCGGGCGCCCUGCAGCCCUCCUUUGACUCGGUCUGGACUUGGCUGGCGGUGGGGACAGACUCUGAGGGGCUGCCCGGGUCUCAGCGCGACGGCGGCCGGCUCUCCGACCACCGCAGCGAAUGCUGGAAACUGAGCGCCAGGCUCUGUGGCCUCAGCGGGGGCGUCAGGACCUGAUGGAGAACAAAGCCAUGUACCUGCACACUGUGAGCGACCGCGACACCAGCUCCGUCUUCGAGGAGCCCUUUGAUGGCCGGAGCCUGUCCAAGCUGAACCUGUGUGAGGACGGUCCGUGCCACAAACGGCGGGCGAGUGGGUGCUGUACCCAGCUUGGCUCGCUGUCAGCUCUGAAGCAUGCUGUCGUGGGCCUCUACCUGCUGGUCCUCCUGAUUCUCGUGGGCAUCUUCAUUUUAGCAGUGUCCAGACCGCGCAGCUCCCCCGAGGACCUGAAGGUGCUGACUCGCAACGUGAACCGGCUGAACGAGAGCUUCCGGGACUUGCAACUGCACCUGCUGCAGGCCCCGCUGCAGGCCGACCUGACCGAGCAGGUGUGGAAAGUGCAGGAUGCGCUGCAGAACCAGUCAGACUCGCUGCUGGCGCUGGCGGGCGCGGUGCAGCGGCUGGAGGGCGCGCUGUGGGGGCUGCAGGAGCAGGCGACACAGACGGAGCAGGCGGUGGCCCUGCUGCGCGACCGCCUGGGCCAGCAGAGCGACGCGGCGCAGCUGGAGCUUUACCAGCUGCAGGUGGAGAGCAACCGCAGCCAGCUGCUGCUGGGGCGCCACGCGGGCCUGCUGGACGGGCUGGCGCGCAGGGUGGGCGUCCUGGGCGAGGAGCUGGCCGACGUGGGCGGCGCACUGCGCGGCCUCAACCACAGCCUGUCCUACGACGUGGCGCUGCACCGCACGCGGCUGCAGGACCUGCAGGUGCUGGUGAGCAACGCCAGUGAGGACACGCGCCGCCUGCGGCUGGUGCACCUGGGCAUGGAGCUGCAGCUGAAGCAGGAACUGGCCAUGCUCAACGUGGUCACCGAGGACCUGCGCCUCAAAGACUGGGAGCACUCCAUCGCGCUGCGUAACAUCUCCCUCGCCAAAGGACCACCGGGACCCAAAGGUGACCGGGGGGAUGAAGGGAAGGAAGGGAAGACUGGCAUCCCUGGACUACCCGGACUCCAAGGUCUGCCAGGCGAGCGGGGCAUCCCAGGACUGCCCGGCCCCAAGGGCGACGAUGGCAAGCUGGGGCCCACUGGCCCGAUGGGCUUGCGCGGGUUCAAAGGUGACCGAGGCCCGAAAGGAGAGAAGGGAGAACGAGGAGACAGAGCAGGAGAUACCAGUGGCGUGGAAGUCCCGAUGAUCCGCCUGGUGAACGGCUCAGGCCCGCACGAGGGCCGAGUGGAGGUGUACCACGACCGGCGCUGGGGCACCGUGUGUGACGACGGCUGGGACAAGAAGGACGGCGACGUGGUGUGCCGCAUGCUGGGCUUCCGCGGAGCCGGGGAGGUGUACCGGACGGCUCGCUUCGGGCAAGGCACAGGGAGGAUUUGGAUGGAUGACGUCGCCUGCAAGGGCACAGAGGACACCAUCUUCCGCUGCAGCUUCUCCAGAUGGGGAGUGACAAACUGUGGGCAUGCUGAGGAUGCUGGGGUCAUGUGCAAUAGACACUAACCGUGGGCAUAAUCUGAGGUCAGAGCCCUGCUGCUGAGCCUCCUCCUGCAUUUCUGGGGUGGGGCAUCACUUGGGGCUACCCUGGCCAUGCCACUGCUCUGCCCAGUCCAACACCCCCAGCCCCAUAGCCCUGUGCCAGGACUAUGGUGGCCUGUUGUCACUCUCCUUUCAGAUACCUGCUCCAAAGUGCUCUACGGGAUCUACUGCCUGUCUCUCCUUCUGCCAGGGUUUCUGAGCAAGGAGCCCUGGCUGGUUGGCUCAGCCAUCUGACCCCAUUCCUAGGGCCUCAGUAUCCAAGUUCUCUUUGGUCUCUUGGCUACAAAUGAAUGUCAAGACGCUCUCAGAGACAAGCGCAGCUAUGGAGAUGGGAGGAAUUGUGGAUCAUUUACUCUUCAGAUAAUUCCCAAACCUCAGUUAGGCCAAGAGUUGCAACAUCCACCUCCCCAGCGAAUGGCAAUCUUGAGGGACUUGGUGUCCCCUCUCUACUCUGCCUCUAUACGCUGUACCUUAGUUUGUGGAGGUUACACAGAAAAAGAAAAAAAAAAAAACAGCUAUAGGAGCAAGAGAAAAAUGCAAAAUACCUGCAGAAAUUCAGCUGGGGUUGGAGAAGGGGAGUGAAACUAGCAUUGAAUGAAUGACUACAGUGGUGUGCUAAUAGUAUUUGGGUGCUAAAUUCAUUUAUCCACUUUGCCACAUUGGUACAAGGCGUGUCAGUCUGGGGCAGAACCUGCCUCCAGGUAGUACUCAGCUGGCCCUUUCACCUGGCUUCCAGGUCAGAAGAUCGAGAAUGACUGAACCAGGGUCCCACCUGCACCUUAGCAUGUCUUGGAUAGACCUUAGCUGGGACCAGAGACAUGAGUGAUUAGAAAGCUGCAUACAGCAAACCCUGUGUUGUGCAGUGCAAGAUCAGGCAUGGUGGCCCCUGGGCAACCAUCCAUGAAGGAGGCGAGCUGAUUUAGAGGGUAACGGGGGCUCCCUGUGUCAACCUGAGACCAGUGCUCAGCCAUUGGGCACUCAGGGUUCAAAGCAAGGUGGCUGUGUCUCAGAGCUGUUGGGGGGUGACAUUGCAUCUUCCAGGCCCCUUCAAGUGUGAUCCUGUGGUCCAGGGAACACAAAUCCUGAAGGAUCUUAUAGGAGUGAAGGAAGUCAGGAUUCCCUGUAACCUCCAGGGGGAAUGAAAAGCAUGGGCCUCUGCAAGUUUGCAAUCUGCAGCCUCGCUGACUGUCAGGGAGGUCAUAUUCUGCUCUUUAAAUGAAGUGGGGGUUGAAUUGGGCCAUGUACGAGUUCUAGACCUGGGGGAACCACACGGUAUCGAGUGGGUGCAGACAUACCUUGCUUUGUGGGAAUCAGACUCAGUCAGGCCUCAGAUACAGGAUCACCUGUCACAUCAGGUGAGCAUCAUUCUACCUGGGCAAAGUGGGACCUGUGCCCCUGAAGCCAUAGGUCCAGCAAAGGUCCUGGCUGACAGCCAAGCCAAAAUGUGCUCUCGGUCAUUCUUUGCUUACAGUAUGCUUGUUCCUAAUGUCCUAAUGAUCAGAGACUCCUUCUGACCCAUUGCUGCAUUUACAUAAUGCGCAGGUACGCAUGCAUUUUCUUUCAGAGCCAAUAUAUGUAUGUAUAUAUAAACAUAGCACUCUACUACAUAGCUCAGCACUUGCAAAAUUUGUCUUUAAAAAAAAGGACUAAAGGUGGGAAAAUGUCACUUUAAAAAAAUUUACCAACUUGGUUCUGGCAAAGAAUCCAGUUACCCUACCUAUGAAAGGUCAUACAAUUUUCUUACUUGAUCUUUUCAUUUAGGAAAACACAAGUUUUGUUUUAUUGUCAAAUACAGUGUUGAAAUGUUAAAUGUUUGAACCUUAAAAAUAAAAGUCGAUCAGUUUACAUACCUAUCUAAGAGGACAUGGAAAUAACCAUGGACCUGUAUUUCAGGGACUAAAGGAAUUAGGCCUGGCCUAAAGUACAUCAGACCUUUUGUUAAAAAAAAAAAAAAAAA